UCAUUCUCUUCCUCCUGAAUUUCUUAUUAAUAUUUUCCCCUUUUCCCUCUCUCUUUCUGCAGAUUUCCUCGCAUCUUGAUCCAAAUCCAAUCUCUACUCUCCAAGGAGAGCGACGUCACUGAUAGCAUCUCUCUCGAUCAAACGUUGUUUUCGUGUUUAUUCCUUUUGUUCUGCUUCGAUCGACGACUCCUCGAAUUGCUGUUAGGGUUCUUCUGGAUUUGGGGUUUGAUCGCGCGCCGAGAGGAUGACGAAUGGGAAGCUGAUGCCAAAUCUCGAUCAGAACAGUACGAAGGUCCUUAACCUCACUGUUCUCCGGCGGAUCGACCCGUUCGUAGAGGAGAUCCUGAUUACCGCCGCUCAUGUCACCCUCUACGAGUUCAGCAUCGAGCUCAACCAGUGGAGCCGUAAAGACGUUGAAGGAUCCCUAUUCGUCGUCAAGAGGAACACACAGCCCAGAUUUCAAUUUAUCGUGAUGAAUAGACGUAACACAGAUAAUCUAGUCGAGGAUCUUUUGGGAGACUUUGAGUAUGAAGUUCAGAUUCCCUAUCUUUUAUACCGAAAUGCAGCUCAAGAAGUAAAUGGCAUAUGGUUUUAUAAUUCACCUGAUUGUGAAGCAGUGGCAAAUCUCUUUAGCAGGAUACUAAGUGCAUAUUCCAAAGUGUCACCAAAGUCUAAGCUAACUUCUAAAAGUGAGUUUGAGGAGCUUGAAGUUGUACCUACUUCAUCCGUCAUUGAAGGUCCUCUUGAGCCAAUAACAUCAGUUUCUGCAGCCGCUCCUGAUGUUGCUGAUGAUGCAUUUGUGAACUUUUUCAGUAAUGCUACAAGCACCGGAAAUGCAUCAGAUGCAACAGUGAUCAGCCAGUUAUAUCUUGCUGCUCCACCUGUUCCUGUGACUACUCAUGCACCAAGUCAUGCAACAAGUGUCAAUCUGCCUGUUUUGCCAACCGUUCCAUCAAUUCCCAUUCCCUCUGCUUCAUCUGUUCCUCUAAUGAAACCCCUGGAUAGUCUUGAAUCUGGAAAUGGGAGUGGUAGCCAUGCUAUGAAUCUGGUGAAACCUUCAUUUUUCUCACCUGCUUUAUCUUCUGCACUGGUAAUGCCUCCAGUAUCAUCCGCUGCUCCUACAGCCCCGCCCCUCUAUUCUCCAGUUACACUGCAGCAACCAUAUGGAACUCCACUACUUCAGCCCUUUCCUCCACCUACUCCAUCUGCAUCGCUUACUCCUAGUCAAAACAUUGGACCAGUUAUCACAAGAGACAAAGUUCGUGAUGCACUAUUGAGCCUUGUUCAAAUGCAAUUUCUGAUGACAAGUAGGACUAGCGGAAUUCUUUUUUAAAAAUGAUCUCCACAUAGCCAAAGUGGAGCCUUGUUCUUGUGUAAUCACUAGAUGGAUUAUAAGAAUCUUGCUUAUUCGUGUUUUCUGUUUUCGACAGAAUAACGAUUUUAUUGAUAUGGUUUAUCGGGAGAUGCUAAAUGCGCAUUAUUCCUUGUGAAUGAGCUUUUGCCAAAUGGAAUUUAGCUUGUUGCUUUAAUAUGGUUGCUAAUGAUGCAGUUUUUUCUUAUAAGAGCUAUUGUAAAAAUUGCCAAUCGAAGAUGAGGGACAUGGAACUUUUGUUUAUAUUAUUAUUUGGGGGUUGUAUAUGAGUGGGAACAUUUCAGUCUUAAAUUUGAUGUGGUACUCUUAUUAGCGGUAAUUAAUCUAAUAUUUGUUUUUGCAUUGAAA